AUGCCACCAAUUCGGCUCCAAAACACAAUCGGCACGCCGAAACGGAUUGCCGAAAGCCUGAUAUCUAUUUCUGGCCCGAGAACGUCGGCCCGCAGCCUUACGACGCCUUCGACGAAGCACGUUGCUCAGAUUGCGCCGGGGAGAUGUCAAGAGUUGGUAUGGAAGGGAUCAAGACCGCGGUUUCCGAGAAGAGGCGUUGGUACGAUUAGAGGGACAUUCCAUUAUGCCAGAGCUGAGCCUCAGAGAGCACAUGCUGGUGGAGCGUUGGCAUUGUUGUUUGGUGCUUCGGCCAUAGCUGUUUUGGCAGCUCCGAUCACCACUUGGGUUGGUGAUCAUGUUGUGGACACCAAAGUCGAAACUGAUGCUGUUCAUAUCGAUGAUGGCCAAGUCGUUGCCGGCAUUCAGAAACAUCGUCUUGCAGAUAUAGCAAAACACGACGAGCACUCCGAGUCCAAGUGGGUCAUCCAUGGGACUGCUGUUUACGACAUUACCGAAUUCGUUGCCGGCCAUCCUGGUGGCAAGGUCAUCCUGCGAGCAUGCGGCAAAAGUAUCGAUCCGUUUUGGAAACUGUUCAGCAUCCACAACAAGCCCGAGGUCCAGAAGAUUCUUGACGACUUCUACAUUGGCGAGGUCGACGAGCGAGAUCUGAACACCGAUGGCCACAUCAAUUGGGGCGUGCUGGGUAAUGACUGUGACAGCUGCGAAGAUCCUUUCAAGGAUGAUCCAGAACGUGAUCCAGAAUUGAUAGUCCGCACUCCCAAGCCAUUCAAUGCCGAAACACCAGGCCAGCUUCUGACCGACUUCUUGACCCCCUUGCGGCUGUUCUUCGUUAGGCAUCAUCUAUGGGUCCCUAAGCUGGAGGCUGCCAAACAUAAACUCGAAAUCGAGCUGUCCGAUGGCGAGGAGAUGGCGUAUUCGAUCGACGAUCUCAAACGCAAGUUCCAGCAGCACACCGUAACGGUCACGUUACAAUGCGCAGGGAAUCGUCGAGGCCACAUGAACGAAGCCGGCAAUGGCAAGACCUCAGGACUUCCAUGGGAUUUUGGUGCCAUUGGCACUGCAGAGUUCACAGGUGUGCGCCUUCGCGAUGUUUUGCUCGACUCUGGCUAUGAUGUGACCGCAGCAUGCAUGUCAUGCCCAGACGACCCCGAAGCCGACCGCCACAUCCAUCUGUGCGCCCCAAGUGACACAUACGAGCAGUCGAUACCAUUGCAGACAGCACUGAAUCCAGCUUCAGAUGUCCUGUUGGCAUGGGAGAUGAAUGGACAGCCAAUGCCGAGAGACCAUGGUGGACCACUGCGAGCCAUCGUACCAGGAAGUGCUGCAACGCGCAGCGUGAAAUGGGUCGAGAAGGUGAGAAUCAGCUGUGACGAAUCACAAAGCAACUGGCACAGCCGGGACUAUAAGUGCUUUGGACCAAACGUAAAGGCAGCCGACCUGAAACAGGAAGACUGGGAUGAAGCACAGAGCAUCCAGGAGCUACCGGUCCAGAGUGCCAUAACUAAUAUGAAGAAGAAGGACGAUGCAUCCGUCACUCUGGACGGCUUUGCGUAUAGUGGAGGUGGUCGCAGAAUUGUGCGAGUUGACGUAAGUCCAGAUGGCGGCAAGACUUGGAGACAAGCUUGCCUGCGAAAAGACAAUGCCAAAGGUACGAGACGAUGGGCCUGGACAUUGUGGAACAUGGAAUGGCCAGAAGAUCAGCUGCCAAAAGGCGACGUCGAAUUCGUGGUUAAAGCCGUGGACGAGGCGCACAACUGCCAGCCAGCUACCUUUGAUGGAAUAUGGAACUUCCGAGGACUUCUCGGAAAUGCCUGGCAUCGUGUGAGGUAUUCCGCGGGAGAGGCUGAGCCAGCUAGGCCUGCCUAG